GCCUUAGUACUGCCCAAACUCAGGUCCAGAUCCCAUUUUAUGGAUCAAUAAACUGAGUCUCAGGCAGGCAAAGGCAACCAGCAAGUCAGAAGCACAGAGCGGGUUACACGUGGGGCUGUCUGACCCUAAAACAGAGCUGGCAUCGGUGGCCUGGCAGGGCUGUCUCUAGGCCUGAGGAGCCCACCCCCGGCCCCUGGCUCCCUGUUGCCGCUGGAGAAUGAACCAGCCACAGAGGAUGGCGCCCGUGGGCACGGACAAGGAGCUCAGUGAUCUCCUAGACUUCAGCAUGAUGUUCCCCCUGCCGGUGGCCAAUGGGAAGAGCCGGCCCACCUCCCUGGCCGGGGCCCAGUUUGGAAGCUCAGGUCUCGAGGACCGGCCCAGUUCGGGCUCGUGGGGCACCGGCGAGCAGAACAGUUCCUCCUUCGACCCCAGCCGGACCUACGGUGAUGGCGCCCACUUCAGUGAGUCCCACGGCACCCUCGCUUCGUCCACAUUCCUGGGACCUGGGCUCGGAGGCAAGGGCGGCGAGCGGGGCGUGUACACCCCCUUUGGGAGAGACGCAGGGGUCGGCAGCCUGACUCAGGCCAGCUUCCUGCCCAGCGAGCUGGCCCUCAGCAGCCCGGGGCCGCUGUCGCCCUCGGUCGUCAAAGGCGGGUCCCACUAUUACUCCUACUCCGGUCACCCUCGGCGGAGAGCUGCAGAUGGCGGCCUGGACACGCAGCCCAAGAAAGUCCGGAAAGUGCCACCGGGUCUCCCAUCCUCGGUGUACCCACCCAGCUCAGGUGAUGAUUACAGCAGGGACACCACCGCCUACCCACCCACCAAGACCCCCAGCGGCACCUACCCUGCCUCCUUCUACAUGGCAGACGGCAGCCUGCACCCCUCGGCCGAGCUCUGGAGCCCCCCAGGCCAGGUGGGCUUCGGGCCCAUGCUGGGCGGGGGCUCAUCCCCCCUGCCCCUCCCGGCAGGUGGCGGCAGCUCCGUAGGUGGCAGUGGCAGCGGUGGGUUUGGCGGCCUGCACCAGCACGAGCGCAUGGGCUACCAGCUGCACGGAGCAGAGGUGAACGGCGGGCUCCCGGCUGUGUCCACCUUUUCCUCGGCCCCCACGGGCGCCUACAGCAGCGUCUCCAGCCACACACCCCCUGUCAGCGGGGCCGACAGCCUCCUGGGCUCCCGUGGAACCACGGCCGGCAGCUCUGGGGACGCCCUUGGGAAGGCGCUGGCCUCGAUCUACUCCCCAGACCAGUCAAGCAAUAACUUCUCAUCCAGCCCCUCCACCCCCGUGGGCUCCCCACAGGGCCUAGCAGGGACGUCACAGUGGCCUCGAGCAGGAGCCCCCGGUGCCUUAUCGCCCAGCUACGAUGGGGGUCUCCACGGCCUGCAGAGCAAGAUGGAGGACCACCUGGACGAGGCCAUCCACGUCCUCCGCAGCCACGCUGUGGGCACAGCGGGGGACGUGCACGGACUGCUGCCCGGCCACGGGCCGCUGGCCUCAGGCUUUGCUGGCGCUGUCAUGCCACUGGGCGGGCGGCAUGCUGGCCUGGUGGGCGGCAGCCACUCGGAGGACGGCCUCUCCAGCAGUGGCGGCCUCGUGCACAACCACGUGGCCCUCCCCGACCUCUCCCGGCCGCCUGACUCCUACAGCGAUCUCGGGCGCGGCGCCGCCCCAGGGCCCGGCGACAUCAAGCGGGAGGAGCAGGAGGACGGAGAGAACGUGGCAGCCGACACCGCCGAGGACGAGAAGAAGGACCUCAAGGCCCCGCGCACCAGGACCAGCCCGGACGAGGACGAGGACGACCUUCUCCCCCCAGAGCAGAAGGCUGAGCGGGAGAAGGAGCGCCGGGUGGCCAAUAACGCGCGGGAGCGGCUGCGGGUCCGAGACAUCAAUGAGGCUUUUAAGGAGCUGGGGCGCAUGUGCCAGCUGCACCUCAACAGUGAGAAGCCCCAGACCAAACUGCUCAUCCUGCACCAGGCCGUGUCGGUCAUCCUGAACCUGGAGCAGCAGGUGCGAGAGCGUAACCUGAACCCCAAAGCGGCCUGCUUGAAGCGCCGAGAAGAGGAGAAGGUGUCCGGCGUGGUCGGAGAUGCCCAGAUGGUGCUGUCGGCCGCCCACCCAGGCCUGGGCGAGGCCCACAACCCUGCCGGGCACAUGUGACAGGAACGCUGCCCAGACGAGUGACCCCACCUUGGUCUAACCUGGGACAGUCAACGCCAGGCGCCUGGUCCCCACCCCACGCAGCCCGUGGUCAGCCUUGAGCCAACACCGCCCUGGGCGCUCCGGAGGCAACACCACCGCCAGGCCUUUGGCUUGAUGGAUCCUGAAACUGCGUCUCGGCCCUGCUGCCCAGGCCUGGGCGGCAAGGAGCAUUGUUUUUGUUUUUGGUAUAUACAUGUUGUCAGACAAGAAAAUGAAUGCCUUAAGUAUAAAACGUGAAGACUCAAACAUACCGUUCACAGGAGGGAAAUGCUGUGCGGAGCCAGCUUGGUCGGCAGCCACCAACCAGCAACUUGUGCCUACGCCUGAGAGGUUUUUUUUUUUUUUUUUUUUUUUAAGGAAAAUAAAA